UGAAGCUUGAAAGAGUAGUCUCUCUCUCUCUCUUCAAAUAUCUUUGUGCCUCUAUUUUUAUGAGGCAGAAAAUUGACUAACAACAAUCAUAUCAUCAUGAGUACAACUCCUCUCCUUCACCGCUUCUUCUUCUUCUUCUUCGCCAUUCCGGUGCUAAUUUCUUCUGUUUCUGGUCUCAACUCCGAUGGAACCAUCCUCCUUUCUUUCAAAAACUCUCUUCUCUCUCACCCAUCAACAGUUCUCCAAAAUUGGAACCAUGCUGAUGCCACCCCAUGCUCAUGGUCCGGCGUCACCUGUGCACCCCAAUACGGUUACGUCACCAGUUUGCUACUCCCAAGCUCUCACCUUCUGGGUUCCAUCCCUGAGGAUUUUGGUCGUCUUCAACACCUUCGUUCUCUCGACCUCUCCAAUAAUGCAAUCAAUGGCACUCUUCCCAUUUCGCUUUUCAACUGCUCGGAGCUCCAAACGCUUUCUUUGUCUUCUAACUUCAUCUCCGGCGAGCUCCCGGAGUUGAUAGGUGGGUUGCAGAGUCUUCAGGUUCUUAAUCUUUCCCAUAAUGGGUUCAUCGGGAAGUUACCGAAGAGUUUGAGUUCUUUGAAGAAACUAAGUCAGGUUUCGUUGAAUAAUAAUUAUUUCUCCGGUAGUGUUCUUGGUGGCUUUGAUUCUGUUGAAGUUUUGGAUUUAUCUUCCAAUUUUUUUAAUGGUACUUUGCCUUUGGAUUUUGGAGGAGGGAGGUUGAAGUAUUUGAAUCUCUCGAACAAUAAGCUUUCGGGUCCUGUGUAUCUGACAUUUGCAGAGAAUAUUCCGGCAAACGCCGUCGUUGAUCUCUCGUUCAACACUCUAACGGGUCAAAUCCCAGAAAUGCUACCUUUAUACAAUCAGAAAGAAGAGCACUUCGCCGGAAACCUAGAUUUGUGUGGGAAACCGCUCAAGAAAAUGUGCACAGUUCCUUCAUCACACUCAAUCCCGACAAAUGUUACAUCAGACGGUUCCGCCACCGCCACCGCAGCCAUUGCAGCCAUUCCCAAAACAACCAGACAGUCGAAUACUCACGGCGGCCAGAAAGUCAAGCCAGGAAAGAUUACAGCCAUUGUUAUUGGAGAUAUAGCUGCUAUCGUGCUUCUCGCUGUUCUUUUCUUAUACGCAUACCAUUUUCGGAAAACUAAAACGAACCAAAACACGAAAGAAAUCAAUGUUGAAGAACCCAAAGGUGGCGUUGCAACUUCUUGCUCCUGCUUGCAUUUCAUAAUCAGAGAAGAAACAUCGGAAACAGCAACUGAAUCCGAACCCGAGGGUGACCAUGACAACAGAAAUCAUCAUAAUAAAAAUCACAUGAACAACAAAGAGAAGGAGAGAUGUUUGGUUAUGGUGGAUGGGGAGACAGAGUUGGACAUGGAGACGUUGUUGAAGGCAUCGGCGUAUAUAUUGGGUUCAAGCCGUGGAAGCAUUAUGUACAAGGCGGUGGUGGGCGGUGGUGGUGUGGGAGAAAUGGCGUUUGCGGUUCGGAGGAUUGGAGAGAGUGCUGUGGAGAAGAAUAGGGAGUUUGAGAAGAUAGUGAGGGUAAUUGGUAAGUUCCGGCACCGGAAUUUGGUGAAGAUAUGUGGGUUUUACUGGGGUGAAGAUGAGAAGCUUGUAAUCUACGAUUAUGUCUCCAAUGGAAGCUUAGCCGGUGCUGCUUACAAAAUGGGUGGAUCUUCUGCAUCCCAUUUAUCUUUUGAUGUCCGGCUCAAGAUAGCAAAAGGGAUUGCAAAGGGACUAUCCUAUAUUCACGACAAGAAACAUGUCCAUGGUAAUAUAAAGCCAAGCAACAUCCUUCUGACAUCAGAAAUGGAUCCUGUAAUUAGUGAUUUUGGAUUAGAAUGGCUCAUAUUAGGUAAAACAAAUUUUACAACUCGAAACUAUGGAAACAAGAGAUCAACUUCAUCACAUGAAGAAACAACGAUUAAGAACAGUACUUUUGCUAUCAGUUCACAUGGGAACACAUCCCCUUAUCAUGCCCCCGAGUCAACGAAGACCCCGAAAUGUGAUGUUUACUCAUUUGGGAUCGUUCUGCUUGAGCUUCUUUCAGGGAAGGUGUUCUUGGAUAACGAGUUAACUCAGUGGAACAUGGACUCAUCAAUCGUCGAAGACAAUAAGACCAAGAUUUUAAAGAUGGUUGAUGGGCUUACUAUUGCUGACGUGUACGAGAAAAAAGAUUCGCUUUUAACAUGUUUUAAGUUAGGGUUUAGUUGUGCGUCAUUUGCCCCACUGAAGAGACCUUUAAUGAGAGAGGCGCUGCAAGUGCUUGAAAAAAUUCCAUGCUCAUUAUAAACUAUAAAGCAACUAAAGGGAUCGAUGGAAAGCAUAUGUCAAAGGUGGCGUCUUUACACAUUGACUUUAUGUGGUAGAUUUAGAAGGAUCAAUGUUCACCUAGAAAUAUUGUAUGUUCGACUUAUUAACCGUUUAAAGUAGCACUUAUUUCUUAAGUUUAUAAC